UUUCAUAUUCGGCAAACGUGCGUGUGUUCUUCUUUCCCCUCGUCGUCUUCUGGUGCAACACCCGACGAUGCCGCAGACGUUCGUAAACAGCUUCCCGCUUCCCUUUCCGUGGUCACACACGGCCCUGUCGGUAUGGCACAAGUACCCGAAUCCAUCGGCACCCCACGUCGUGUCGAUGGACACACUGUCGCACCAGUACGAUGACCAGACGGGCCUCUUGCGCAUCGAGCGGAUCCUCGGCGUGCGGCAGGGCGCGCCGACGUGGGCAGUCAAGCUCUUGGGCGGCACCGAAGACACUUACGUUCGCGAAGUGACCAUGAUCGAUUCGGCAAACGAGCGCUUUGAAAUGACGAGCACUAACCUCUCGCUCAGCGCCUACCUCCUCGUCAAGGAAUACAUCACCUACCUGCCCGCCUCACCCACCACGUCAGUAUUCAACCAGACGGCCCUCAUCACAUGCUCUGCAGGCUCGGGAGGCGGCUUUAUUGCCAAGGCGGCGCAAAAGAUUGAAGAUUGGAGCCAUAAGCGCUUUGGUGACAAUGCGGAGAAAGGCAAGAUGGGGUUGGAGCACGUCUGCAAGCAGCUUUGGGAAUCCAGGUGGCAACAAUCAGAUUCGUCUUCCAUGUCAGCAGCUAGACUAUGAUGGACAAUGCAGAAAGAUUUUUGCUUGACAAG